CCUGAGUGUCAGUUGCUUGAUUGGGAUAUCGUCAACCGAAUCCCACGGCUGGAAUACAAUGCCGACGAAAACCAUCAUGCCUCUGCAUUCUUACUCAUCUGUCAUAAUUAUACAUAUCAACUGACACCGAUGCCUGAGGCUGCAGGCAGGCCUGCGCUAAAUCGGAUCUGACGCCAUCGUGCAGAUCAUCCAUGCAUGAUGCCUACGAUGUCACAACCAAGCGGAGCAAAGACCGGCCGAUCAAGCAUUUCGACCGGUCACUUAUUAAUAAUUAGUGGUGUGCGACCAUAUUUCCUCCUAGAUCAAGUGCAUAUAAGCCUUCGACCUCAGACUCUGUUGCCUCCUUUUCUCUUCACUCUUACCACCAAACCAAAUCCCGCAACAUGACCAUCGGAAUUGCAUUCAUCGGAGCAGGGCUCUUCGUCAAGGACUACCAUCUGCCAGGAGUCCAAGCCUCCCCCGACCUCGAACUGGAAGCCGUCUAUUCCCGCUCACUGAAAUCAGCUUCCAGCAUCGCCCCUGACCAGCAGAUCGACCGCUACGCCGACGACGCGCCCCAGGGCCUCGACCAGCUUCUCGCGCGGGAUGACAUCCAAGCCGUGAUCAUCGCCCUCCCCAUAACUAACCAAGCAGCAUACGUCCGCGCCGCCCUCAGCGCCGGAAAACACGUCCUCUCCGAGAAACCCAUCGCCAAGGACCUGGCCGAAGCCACCGCCCUGCUGGACUGGUACCGCUCCACCAUCGUGCCCCAGGGACCUGCUGCCCCGACGUGGUCCGUCGCCGAGAACUACCGCCACUUCGACAGUCUCCGCCAGGGCCGCGCCCAGCUGGCCCGGCUCGGUCGCAUCCGCCAGUUCCGGACGCAGGUGUACUUCGAUUGUCGGCCGGGGAAGUUUGUUUUCUGGCCUUUCUUCGCACUCGCCUGGCGCCAACAGCCCGAGCACCAAGGAGGAGCCGUCCUGGAUAUCGGGGUGCACCAUGUCGCUGCGAUGCGGUAUCUCCUGGGCGGCGGCGGGCCGGGCGAGCGGAUCACGCACGUGAGUGCGUUCGUGGGGAGCUUCGCUGAUGCAUUGCCGCCGGUGGAUACGGUGGAUGCGGUACUGCGCACGGAGUCUGGGGCGCAGGGGACGUUCCAGCUGUCCGGGUGUUCGAGCUUGGAGGAGAGUGGAUGGACGGCGGUCGGGGAGAAGGGCCAUGUGCGGGUUACUGACGAUGAGGUGGCGGUGCAUGUGGAGGGGGAGGAGGACGAGAGGCAGACGUUGCCGGUGGACAAACUGGCGGUUGGUAACGAGAUCAGGGCGUGGGGGGAGGCGUUGAUCUCUGGGGAGAUGAAGGCUGAGCAGCGGCCGGAGGAGGCGUUGGCGGAUCUGGAAGUGAUCGAGUUGAUUCUGAAGAGUGGCAAGGAGAAUGGGGCACCGCAGGUCACAAAGUAUCAGUGCUGA